AAAAUGCCCAUCGAUGUUUGUGAUGUGAUGGCCCUGUUCCUCCAUCUCGCUAAGGCGAAGGGCAUGAAAGCUGCUGCCAUACGCUCUGGUCAAGGAGCACUUGUGGCAAGUGCAUCAACCUUUGCUGGGGGGCUGUUGGCAGGUCCAGUUGGCCUUGCUGUAGGAGGAGCACUUGGUGGAAUUCUUGGUGGCUGGAUGACUGCAGGACAGUUCAAGCCAGUCCCUCAAAUUCUAAUGGAACUGCCUCCAUCUGAGCAGCAGAAACUCUAUGAUGAAGCUGUUGUUAUUCUCAGGAACUUAGACUGGAUGGAUGUUGCUCAACUGACUGCUCUUGUAAUGGGAAAUGCUAAUCUUCAGCAGAAACUGACAGAACUGCUGAUAAAUUACUUCUCCAAAGAGCUAAAUGUAAAGAUGAAGUAUAGUAAAUAA